AUGUCCUCCAAAGAGCUGGAGGUGGAGCCCCUCCAAGGCGGAAAGAAGCAAGUUGAGGGCAAAUUCACCGGUCCGCUAUGCUUGACGACGUUGGCAAUCGUUUGGGGAUCUUUCCAAUUCGGCUACCACAUUGGGUGUAUCAAUGCGCCGGGAGAUAUGAUCAAGCAAUGGUUUGGCGAGUCGCACAACAACGCUUUCGGAAAGCCCAUCGAUCAGUCGACGAUCACGUUUCUUUGGUCAACAGCUGUGUCAAUUUUCGGUAUUGGUGGCAUGGCUGGAGGGCUUUUAUCGGGAUGGUUUGCUGAUCGUUUUGGACGACGAGGUGCCCUUCUCCUCAACAAUAUCUUCGCUUUUAUCGCCGCGGCUCUGAUGGCUUUGUGCAAGAUGGUCGAUCUGUAUCCAUUGAUGAUCAUCGGCCGAUUGGUCAUCGGUUUUCACAGUGGUCUUGCUUCUGGAUUGGUGCCCAUGUAUUUGACAGAAGUCUCACCAAUCAAUCUCCGUGGCACUCUUGGAUCGAUUCAUCAGCUUUUUGUGACGAUCGCCAUUCUCGUCUCACAAGUUCUUGGUCUCAACUUCUUAUUUGGCACGACAAGCCGAUGGCCGUGGAUCUUUGCGAUGACUGUGGUGCCCGCAAUUCUGCAACUCAUCAUGCUCCCAAUGUGCCCCGAGUCACCAAAAUACUCCCUCGUUGUCAAAAAUCAAUCUGAUGCAGCCGAAGCAGCUUUGAAGAAACUCCGUGGUCGAGACGACGUGAAAGAUGAGCUUGAAGCGAUUCAAGAGGAGGCGACCGCUGCUCAAAAUACACCAAAGGUGAGCAUGCUCGAUUUGUUCAAGGGAUCUCUCCGAUGGCCGAUGUUCAUCGCGAUAAUGAUGAUGCUCUCACAACAACUUUCUGGUAUCAACGCGGCCAUGUUCUACUCAAACACAAUUUUCAAGAGCGCCGGACUCGAUGAUCAACAAGCCACUUAUGCAACAAUCGCUAUGGGCUCGAUCAACGUUUUGAUGACCGUCAUCUCCGUGUAUCUGGUUGACCACCCGAAGUUCGGUCGUCGUUUAUUGCACUUGAUCGGUCUCUCGGUGAUGUUCAUCGCCUCGAUGCUUAUCGUUUUGGCUCUGACUAUGAUCAAGAACGGAAGCAAAGGAACAUGGUCCUACUUGGCCAUCGCUUUCGUGCUACUCUUUGUCAUUGGUUUUGCUACUGGACCGGGCUCAAUCCCUUGGUUCUUCGUGUCGGAGUUGUUCGGCUCGGGCGCGCGAGGACCGGCGUCAUCGGUGGCCGCAAUGGUGAACUGGACUGCCAACUUUUUCGUCGGACUUCUCUUCUUGCCAAUUGAGGGAGCUCUCAAGCAAAAUGCGUUCUUCAUCUUUUCUGGGUUCCUCUUGGUGUUCAUUAUCUUCACCUGGAAAUUUGUUCCCGAGACCAAAGGAAAAACCGUCGAGCAGAUCAACGCCGAGUUCGACAAAAGAAAG